AUGACUUCUCCAAUGAUUCAAAAAGAUAUUGUGAGUGCAUGUAAGAUAGAGACCGUUAAAGCUAUUCUUGACGAAUUAAAUGGUGACUACUUUGCUUUACUAGUUGAUGAAUCCUUUGAUGUGUCACGCAAGGAGCAAAUGGCUAUCGUAUUUCGUUAUAUUGAUAGAAUGGGAUUUGUAAUGGAGCGACUUAUUGACAUUGUUCGUGUUGAAGAUACUAGUGCUUCAUCUUUAAAGGAGGCAAUUUUUAAUUUACUUGCUCAACAUUCUUUGAGUCCAUCAAGUGUGCGUGGACAAUGUUACGAUGGGGCAAGUAAUAUGCAAGGUGAGAUCAAUGGCCUUAAAAUGUUGAUUAGACGAGAAAGUAAAUCGGCUCAUUCAAUCCAUUGCUUUGCUCAUCAACUUCAACUAACUCUUGUUGGGGUCUCUAAAAAGUGUGUUGAAGUGGGAAAACUUGUAGUAUUGAUCUCAAAUAUUUUUAAUGUAUUGGGAUCUUCUUUUAAGCGUAUGGAUAAUUUACGAGAUUCUCAAAAAUCAACAAUUCAAGUGGCAUUAGAUAUGGGUGAACUUACAACCGGUAGGGGCUUGAAUCAACAUCUUGGUCUUUCAAGAGCUUGUGAUACUCGUUGGGGAUCUCAUUAUAAAUCUUUUAACAAUUUUAUUAUUAUGUUUGGCUCUAUUCUUGAGGUUCUUGAAUCACUUGCUCUUGAUGCAAGAAGUAUGGAUGAAAGAGCCAAGGCAAUGGGACAUCUUGAAGCUUGUCAAACAUUUGAGAUUGCGUUUAUGUUGCAUUUGAUGAGAGACGUCUUAGCAAUCACAAAUGAGCUUAAUAAAUGCUUACAAAAAAAAGAGCAAGAUAUUGCAAAUGCCAUGCUACUUGUUGAAGUAGCAAAGAGAAGGUUGCAAGUCUUAAGAGAUAAUGAAUGGGAUUCUCUUAUUGCCAAGGUAUCUACAUUUUGUAUCAAACAUGAUGUUUUGAUACCUAACUUUGAGGAGCCAUAUGUUAGCUCUUUAAGAUCACGGCGAAAACUUGCUAACUAUACAAUCUUACAUCAUUAUCGUGUUGAAGUGUUUUGCAAUAUCAUUGAUUGGCAACUUCAAGAACUUAAUGAUCGUUUUGAUGAGGUGACUACCGAUUUGCUUCAUGGAAUUGCUUGCUUGAAUCUAAUUAACUCAUUUUCAAGUUUUGACAUAAGAAAAGUAAUGAGAAUGGCUGAAUUAUAUCCAGAUGACUUUGAUGAAUCCAAUAUGAGUAUUCUUGAGAAUCAACUUGCAAGUUACAUUGUUGAUGUUCGUGAUGUUGAUGAAAGGUUCUCCGAUCUAAAUGGGCUUUGUGAUCUUUCCAAAAGAUUAGUUCAGACAAAGAAACAUUCAAAUUAUCCUCUUGUAUUUCGCUUAGUUAAACUUGCUCUACUUUUACCAGUUGCCACUGCCUCCAUUGAAAGAGCUUUUUCGGCAAUGAAGUUUAUCAAGAAUGACUUGCGGAGUCAAAUGAGUGAUGAUUUUUUUAGUGGUUGUUUGGUGCCUUAUUUAGAAAAAGAUGUAUUUGAUAAGAUUUCUAAUGAUGUUAUUAUUAAGACAUUUUAA